AUGACACCGGUGUCCACGACAGGCAGUUACGUUAUACCACAUCACGCCGUGUAUCGCCCUUCUGAAAUCAAUCCGAAGAUCCUAGUYGUGUUCGAUGCGUCGGCUAAAAGCCACACUGGUCUCUCACUGAAUCAAUGUUUACUUCAAGGGCCUAAGCUUCAGCGAGAAGUUGUCGKUGUCUUGUUGUUAUUUCGUCUGUAUCGUCAUGCCUUCACAGCAGAUAUAUGUAAAAUGUAUCGACAGAUCUUAAUCACCCCAGAACACCGGCAUUAUCAGCAUAUCCUUUGGAGAGAGUCCCCAGGCGACUCGAUACAAGAGUUUGAGCUUAAUACGGUGACUUACGGACUCAGUUGUGCACCUUACUUGGCAUUACGAGUCCUCCAACAUAUAGCAGAGAAUGACUGUUCGGACUACCCGUCAGUCAAGCAAAUAUUAAAUUAUCACAUUUAUGUUGACUACAUAUGCUUUGGAGCAGAUUCAAUUGAAGAAGCCAUCAAWGUGCAAAGGGACUUUAUCUCUGUACUCCAUCGACCCGGGCUUGACUUGAAAAAAUGGUCGAGUAAUACCGCUGAAAUAUUGGAAGUUGUGCCUCAGGAAGAUCUUAUGUGUUACCCCUUGUCUUUUGACGACGGAGGAAUUGAUGGUGUAAAGGUGCUUGGCCUGCGCUGGAGUCAGCGUGAUGAUUCCUUCCACUACGUGUUCCAAUCAGAAGUUCUCGUGACUACGAAGAGGGGCAUGUUAUCAUUCAUCGCAMGCGUUCUCGAUCCCCUCGGGCUGUUGUUUCUAGUCAUUUUUCUGACGAAGCAAUUGAUGUAG